GCUGGGGCGCCGUCAGCUCUACCUCUGCAGCCUGGAAAAUACCGAGCUCCCAGCCCGCGGAGCUGGAGCCCCGAGCCUAGCCGCGGGAGGCGGGAGGCGGGAGGCGGGCGGGGGGCUCGGGGCGGGGCCGGGCGGCAAGACCCACUGCUCCUCCCCCGGAGCCCCCAGCGGUCCUGUCGCCCGGGCAGCGGCGGUGGCGCUGCCACCCGGCCCCGUGGGCCCGGCGAAACGGCGGGCACAGGUCCCAGGAAGGUGGCGUCAGCAUCUGCAGCGGCGUCAACGUUGCCGGAGCUUCCUUGGAGGACCCAGGAGAGCCGGAUCAGGGCCAGAAGCCCAGGCCUCCCCAUGGAGAAGUCAGCAUCCUCCACCGAGUCCCCCGGGCCCAGGCCCUUCCUGGGCCGCGACAGUGUCCAGGUGCCCGACGACCAGGACUUCCGCAGCUUCCGGUCCGAGUGCGAGGCAGAGGCCGGCUGGAAUCUGACCUACAGCAAGGCCGGCGUGUCUGUGUGGGUGCAGGCUGUGGAGGUGGACCGGCCCCUGCACAAGAUCAAGUGCCGGAUGGAGUGCCGAGACGUGCCAGCCGAGACCCUCUAUGAUGUCCUCCACGACAUUGAGUACCGAAAGAAGUGGGACAGCAACGUCAUCGAGACCUUCGACAUCGCUCGCCUAACGGUCAACGCCGAUGUGGGCUAUUACUCUUGGAGGUGUCCAAAGCCAUUGAAGAACCGUGAUGUCAUCACCCUCCGCUCCUGGCUUCCGAUGGGUACUGACUACAUCAUCAUGAACUACUCAGUCAAACAUCCCAAAUACCCACCUCGGAAAGAUUUGGUCCGAGCUGUGUCCAUCCAGACGGGCUACCUCAUCCAGAGCACGGGGCCCAAGAGCUGCAUCAUCACCUACCUGGCCCAGGUGGACCCCAAAGGCUCCUUACCCAAGUGGGUGGUGAAUAAGUCUUCGCAGUUCCUGGCUCCCAAGGCCAUGAAGAAGAUGUACAAGGCGUGCGUCAAGUACCCCGAGUGGAAGCAGAAGCAUCAGCCACACUUCAAGCCCUGGCUGCACCCGGAGCAGAGCCCACUUCCCAGCCUGGCGCUGUCGGAGCUGUCAGUGCAGCACGCGGACUCGCUGGAGAAUAUCGACGAGAGCACAGUGGCCGAGAGCCGAGAGGAGCGCUCGAGUGGGGCCGGUGGCGAGGGCAGCGACGAUGACACCUCGCUCACCUGAGCCAGAGCGCAGACAAGGACCAAGAUGAGCCAGCUGGGGCGGACUGGAGCGGGGCUGCCCUCGCGUGCUUCCCCUCCCCACUCGGCACUGCAGCUGGACUGGACGCAACCCUAAUAAACCAUCCCUCAGCCUCA